AUGGACGAGCUCUUUUGCGCCAAUUGGAACGCGAUCUGGCUGCCCACAGUACAUGUACUCAGAAGCUCAGCAAAGGAGCGCGUAAUCAUUGCCACGUGGUACAUCACGUACACGCUCAUCCAGUUCCUCAGCGCUGUUCUGCAAGCCGUCUCCGGCCUCAUUGGCCUCUUCGCCAACAGUUCAGUGCUCGUCAUCUUCCUCUUCUUCUUCUUGUUCGGACUGAGCGUCCUCUGCUUCGCCUUCUUCAUCAGUACCUUAUUCAGCAACGCUCGUACCGGCUCUUUCGUCGACUUCGAGACGUCGGGCAUUGGCGCCAAUUUCGGCAAUUUGGAUACGCUCAAUGUGAAUUUUCGACUAAGUACGGCCCUGCAGAUGUUCCUGUUCGACUGUGUGGUCUACACGCUGCUGGGUCUCUACUUUAAGAGAGUCAUCCCCAAGCAAUACGGCACCAGCCUCAAGUGCCGUUUUCUUCGUCUUUUUGGCACGGACGUAAAAAAUCCGAGCCUUUGA